GCCUGGGGCGUCACGACCUACAAGUGCUCGCGGCAGCUGAUCGCCGAGCGACUGGGACGCGCCGAGCCGACUGUGGACACUGAAAUAAAUGCUCAAGUAAUUGUUCUCCGGGAUACGCAGGCGCGAUAUCGUGACCUCGUGAGGGUUUCGCAAGCACUGUCGUCGCAUAUAAGUAAUAUGCUUGCCUCCCAGCUGCAGUUGGGUGAGCUGUUUGAGAAGCUGGGGCAGCGCAGUCCCGAGCUGCGGGACGAGUUCGGCUGUAACGCCGCCUCGCACCGGGCGCUGCACGAGAGCGGCCGGCCGCUGCGUGAGGCGCUGGUCUUCUUCGUCUCGUCCGUCCAGACACUGUGCGAGCAGACGAUCGAGGACACGCUCGCCACCGUCAGACAGUACGAGGCCGCCCGGGUGGAAUACGACGCGUACCGGGCCGACCUGGAGUGGGCGCAGCAGCAGAGCCAGGCGCCGGCCGGCGCGCCGGCCCUGCUGGCCGAGGCACAGCGGCAGCAUGACCUGCGGCGCGCCGAAUACGAGCGGCUCCGAGAGAAAGUCUCCGUCAAGUUGCGCCUUCUGGAUGAGAACAGGGUGAAGGUGAUGCAGAACCAGCUGAUACUGUUCCACAAGGCCGUCUCCAAUUUCUUCUCCGGGAACUCGGUGGCCGUGAAGGCGACGCUGGCGCACCUGAGCGCCAUGAGUCUGGGGGCGGGCGACGGCAGCACCGCCGGCCGACCCGGCGCCGCCUGAGGCCAGAGGUCAGCGGGAGGUCACGUGAACUCUGACAGCGGUCUCGGCGGCCGGCUCAGCUCAUCACUCGACGAUGUGUCAGCCGCGAAUGAGGCAACAGCUUGACUCCGGGCGCAGAAGGGCUCCGACAAGCAUCCGUAGUUCAGCACGAGGCGGGGCGGGGGGGGGGGGGGGGCGCUCGAAGCCAGGCACAGUCGCCGAGAUAUCAACCGGAGGUCAGUCACGUGCGAGUGAUGCCUCGGCGUGAAGUCACUGGUUACUCCACGGCUAAGCAAAGCAUCCGUACUGCGCUGGGGCGAGCUCGGCCUCAUCUCGGCCUUGGGCUGGUGAUCUGACCAUUGUGUUCUGCCCUCAUUGGUGCCUCGAUAUGUGCAUUUGGCGUGCCGGCGCGCCGCGGAGCAAUCGCUGCUCCCCAGCCGGAUUUCACGGGAUCCAAGCGUCUCGACUUCGCAAAUCGCUGCGUUUGGUAGUUGUCAGCUGGCUCCCAGAUUACCCGUGGAAAGACUGGUUUUAUAUGGGUCCCAGGUGAUGCAGCCGUUGUUUUCUGCGGGUGCUUGAGCGUUUGAGGAUGGCCCUGUCGUUGCGCGUCCGUCCACGGUUUACAGCUGUGUCCUAGUCCGUGCAAGCAAUGCAUCUCACACACGUGACAGUGGGGCUUAAAGCCUACAGUCGGCAAUCAUUU